CCCAACCCCCCCACUGCGGUUCUCGGCAGAAACUAAUUAAACCCACUCGCCCUUGGUGCAGCCUAAGACAGUGUAUGAAUAUUUCAGUGCCUCGCAGGCAGCCCUGUAAAGCGAUCGCUGUUGUUAUUAAGAGGGGCGCAAGAGGAGGAGAAGGAGGAGGAGGAGGGUUGAGUUUGCCACUGCGGUUUUUGUUUUGGUUUGGGUUUUGUUGGAUGCUGCUGCAAGGCGACUUGACGCAUUCCGGCGCUGGCUCCUACUCCUAACCGGCGCAUCUCACUCGGAGCAGCAGCUGCUGCGAUGGUCGAGUCGGCGAGAAAAGCGGACGGAUCGAGUUAAAGGCAAAAGGAGACGGCUGGGGAGGAGACCCCAGCCUAGGGCUGCACUUCAUAGACCUUCAGCCUCCCGGCUUGGGGGACAGGACCCCUCACCUUACCUGCCCUUUUCCCCCCCUAAAGGUACUUCUUCCCUCUUUCUUCACCCUCCCGUCAUCCCCGAUGCCUCUCCCUUCAUCCCACCUCUCCUUUCCCCUUUUGAAUAGUUCCAUCCUUUAGGCUCCUCGUCUAUCCCUUCCUCAAGCUCCAUCCCGAGUCAUCAUCCCUCCCUGCAGUCUCUGAGCCUCCCCACAUCCCCCCCUCUCCCCCUCCCUGAACUGCCCUGGGGCUCUCUGCUCUCCUCCAUCCCUCCUUCCCCCCUCUUCAGCCCCUCUCCCCCACUUCUCCUCUCCUGUCCCUGGAUCCCCCUUCCCGUGUGCCACCAUGACCGUGAUGGCUGGAGAGAACAUGGAUGAGACUUCUGCGCUACCUGGCCACCCCCAGGAUAGCUACCAGCCCGCUGCCCACGAUGACCACGAGUGCUGUGAGCGCGUAGUGAUAAACAUUGCCGGACUGCGCUUCGAGACACAGCUGAAGACCUUAGCCCAGUUCCCCAACACUCUGCUGGGCAACCCCAAGAAGCGCAUGAGGUACUUUGACCCCUUGCGCAACGAGUACUUCUUUGACCGCAACCGGCCCAGCUUUGACGCCAUCCUCUACUACUACCAGUCCGGGGGGCGGCUCCGCCGGCCGGUCAAUGUGCCCCUGGACAUGUUCUCUGAGGAGAUCAAAUUUUAUGAGCUGGGUGAGGAGGCGAUGGAGAAGUUCCGGGAAGAUGAAGGAUUCAUCAAAGAUGAGGAGAGACCCUUGCCGGAGGGGGAGUACCAGCGCCAAGUGUGGCUCCUCUUUGAGUACCCAGAAAGCUCUGGGCCUGCAAGGGUCAUUGCAAUAGUCUCCGUCAUGGUGAUCCUCAUCUCCAUCGUGAUCUUCUGCCUAGAGACAUUGCCCGAGCUGAAGGAGGACAAGGAGUACACGGUGCAUCGCACUGACAACACCACCCAGGUCUACAAGUCCAACAUUUUCACAGACCCCUUCUUUGUCGUGGAGACCCUGUGCAUCAUCUGGUUCUCCUUCGAGCUGGUGGUGCGCUUCUUUGCUUGCCCCAGCAAGACCGAUUUUUUCAAGAAUAUAAUGAACUUCAUUGACAUUGUGGCCAUCAUCCCUUACUUCAUCACCCUGGGCACCGAGAUGGCUGAGCGGGAGGGGACUCAGAAAGGAGAGCAGGCCACCUCCUUGGCCAUCCUGAGAGUCAUCAGACUGGUAAGAGUCUUUCGAAUCUUCAAACUCUCCCGGCACUCUAAGGGCCUCCAGAUUUUGGGACAGACCCUGAAAGCCAGUAUGAGAGAGCUAGGUUUGUUAAUCUUCUUCCUCUUCAUUGGGGUGAUCUUGUUCUCGAGCGCGGUGUACUUUGCUGAGGCUGAAGAACCUGAGUCUCAUUUCACAAGUAUCCCCGAUGCUUUCUGGUGGGCGGUGGUAUCCAUGACCACUGUGGGCUAUGGUGACAUGUACCCUGUGACAAUUGGAGGCAAAAUCGUAGGCUCCUUGUGUGCCAUCGCUGGUGUGCUGACAAUUGCCCUGCCUGUACCUGUCAUCGUGUCCAACUUCAACUACUUCUACCACCGAGAAACAGAAGGGGAAGAGCAGGCUCAGUUGCUUCACGUUAGCUCCCCCAAUUUAGCAUCUGACAGUGAUCUCAGUCGCCGCAGCUCCUCCACAAUCAGCAAAUCUGAGUACAUGGAGAUCGAAGAGGAUAUGAAUAAUAGCAUAGACAAUUUUAGAGAGGCUAAUCUCAGAACUGGCAACUGCACUGUAGCCAACCAAAACUGCGUUAAUAAAAGCAAGCUGCUGACUGAUGUGUAAACAAACAAACAAACAAACACCACACAGGAAAGAAAGGAAAACAAAAAAAGAGAGAGAGAGAGAGAGAAAAAAACAAACAAAACACCAACCAAAACCCCCACUCACUGCUUGAAGACUUUAGUGACACCGUCACACUUUGUAGAUGCUUUACUGAUAGCCUCUGAAUGCUUUUAAUUCACCUCCUAAAUGCAUUGUUGCAUUGCAACCUUAUUGGUUGAUUGAUUGAUUGGUUGAUUUUUGGCUCGGUGAUAACGAACCUUCCAGGAUCCACGAAAGAUAAUCUUCUUCUUAUUGUUUUUGUUGUUGUUGUUGUUUAGUUUAUUUCUUUU